AUGGGGAGAGUGAAAUUACAGAUAAAGAAAAUAGAGAACACAACAAAUAGGCAGGUGACUUUUUCAAAGAGAAGAAAUGGGCUUAUCAAGAAAGCUUAUGAACUCUCUGUGCUUUGUGAUGUUGAUGUUGCCCUUCUCAUGUUUUCCCCUUCUGGCAGAGUUAGCAUCUUCUCUGGCAAUAGCAGCAUCGAAGAAAUCAUGGCACGAUAUGUCAAUCUUCCCGAACAUGAAAGAGGAAGGAUUUACGAAGGCGAUCCAUCGGAAAUCACCACAUUCUGUGAGGCUGAUUACAGGGAACAAGUUCUUGAAGAAAACCUGAAGCAAAUCAGGCAUGUUCUUCAGGACCAGUAUACAUCCCCAGUUGCACAAACAUCACAGGUUCUUUGCUAA